GACGACCUUUUUAUUAUCAUUUUUUCAUUUGAUUUUUGACGUUAUUCCCUCGCCGUGCAAGGAGGACGCUCGGAAUCCACCGCCUUCACCUCGCGGAUUGUGCGGUCGCUUGGUUGUUUUUUAUUUCCCCCCGUUGUUUUGUUUUCUGUUUUUUGGGUUUGGUUUUUUUUUUUUGUUUUUUUUUUUUUUCCUCCCCGUUCUUUUCUUUUGUUCGCUCGUUUCGUUGGUUCGCUUCGGCUCGGGGUGUUUUCUUAUUGCUUUUGGAGCGUUUUUUUGCGCUGUGCGAGCGGCUGCAAUAUGGCUGGUGAUGGGUCGCUCGGGGGGUGCUGGCGGCGGGAGGAGCUCUCGGCAGCCCCGGCUCGCUGUUAGCCAUGGCAAAUGGCAGCGGCAUUAGAAUGAGUAGCAGUAUCAACGCCAACAAUCUCAACACAGACUCGUCCUCCUCCCCCGUCAAUGUGCCCAAGAUGGAUGCUCUAAUCAUCCCGGUGACCGUGGAGGUGCCCUGCGAUAGCCGCGGACAGCGGAUGUGGUGGGCUUUCCUCGCCUCAUCCAUGGUCACUUUCUUUGGGGGACUCUUUAUCAUCCUGCUCUGGAGGACCCUCAAGUACCUGUGGACUGUCUGCUGCCACUGCGGGGUCAAAAACAAGGAAGCCCAGAAGAUCAACGGUGGUGGAGAUACACAGGCAGAUGGGGCCUGCAAACCAACAGAUGAGAAAGAGGAGAAUGUGGCAGCAGAAGUGGGAUGGAUGACCUCCGUGAAGGACUGGGCAGGAGUCAUGAUAUCUGCACAGACAUUAACUGGCAGAGUACUUGUUGUCUUAGUCUUCGCUCUUAGUAUUGGUGCUCUUGUAAUAUACUUCAUAGAUUCGUCAAACCCAAUAGAAUCCUGCCAGAAUUUCUACAAAGAUUUCACGUUACAGAUCGACAUGGCUUUCAAUGUGUUCUUCCUACUCUACUUCGGCUUGCGUUUCAUAGCAGCCAAUGACAAGCUAUGGUUCUGGCUAGAAGUUAACUCAGUAGUAGAUUUCUUCACGGUCCCUCCAGUGUUUGUGUCAGUAUAUUUAAACAGAAGUUGGCUUGGUUUAAGAUUUUUAAGAGCCCUUAGACUGAUACAGUUUUCAGAAAUUUUGCAGUUUCUGAAUAUCCUUAAAACAAGCAAUUCCAUCAAGCUAGUGAAUCUGUGCUCUAUAUUUAUCAGCACGUGGCUGACAGCAGCUGGGUUCAUACAUUUGGUGGAGAACUCAGGGGAUCCAUGGGAAAAUUUCCAAAAUAAUCAACCGCUAACAUAUUGGGAAUGUGUUUAUUUACUUAUGGUUACAAUGUCCACUGUUGGCUAUGGAGAUGUUUAUGCAAAAACAACCCUUGGUCGCCUUUUCAUGGUCUUCUUCAUCCUUGGGGGAUUGGCAAUGUUUGCUCGCUACGUGCCAGAAAUUGCUGCUCUCAUCCUUAAUCGGAAGAAAUACGGCGGGACUUUUAACUCAACCCGAGGCAGAAAGCACAUAGUUGUCUGUGGUCACAUAACACUUGAAAGUGUGUCCAACUUCCUGAAGGACUUCCUGCACAAGGAUAGGGAUGAUGUCAACGUAGAAAUCGUCUUUCUGCAUAAUAUCUCCCCUAACCUUGAGCUGGAAGCUCUUUUUAAACGACACUUCACUCAGGUGGAAUUUUAUCAGGGUUCAGUCCUUAAUCCCCAUGAUCUGGCGAGAGUGAAGAUAGAGUCAGCAGAUGCGUGCCUAAUCCUUGCCAAUAAAUACUGUGCUGACCCAGAUGCUGAAGAUGCCUCCAAUAUUAUGAGAGUUAUUUCAAUAAAGAAUUACCACCCGAAGAUAAGAAUUAUCACUCAGAUGUUGCAGUAUCACAAUAAGGCUCAUCUGCUAAAUAUCCCAAGCUGGAACUGGAAAGAAGGGGAUGAUGCAAUCUGUCUUGCUGAGCUCAAGCUGGGUUUCAUAGCCCAGAGCUGCCUGGCACCAGGCCUUUCAACCAUGUUAGCCAACCUCUUCUCUAUGAGGUCAUUCAUAAAGAUUGAGGAGGAUACGUGGCAGAAAUACUACCUGGAAGGAGUUGCAAAUGAAAUGUAUACAGAAUAUCUGUCUAGUGCCUUUGUGGGUUUGUCUUUCCCUGCAGUUUGUGAACUGGUGUUUGCGAAACUAAAGCUCUUAAUGAUAGCCAUAGAGUACAAGUCGGAAAAACGAGAAAGCAGAAGCCGAAAGCGUAUAUUAAUCAAUCCUGGAAACCACGUCAAGAUUCAAGAAGGUACUCUAGGAUUCUUCAUUGCAAGUGAUGCCAAAGAAGUAAAAAGGGCAUUUUUUUACUGCAAGGCCUGUCAUGAUGACAUCACAGAUCCCAAAAGGAUAAAAAAAUGUGGCUGCAAACGGCCCAAGAUGUCCAUCUACAAGAGAAUGAAACUGGCAUGUUGUUUUGAUUGCGGACGCUCUGAGCGUGACUGCUCUUGCAUGUCAGGCAGUGUACAUAGUAACAUGGACACCCUUGAGAGAGCCUUCCCACUUUCUUCUGUCUCUGUUAAUGAUUGCUCCACCAGUUUACGUGCCUUUGAAGAUGAGCAGCCGUCGACACUAUCACCGAAAAAAAAACAGCGAAAUGGAGGCAUGCGAAAUUCACCCAACUCCUCACCCAAACUGAUGAGGCAUGACCCCUUGUUAAUUCCUGGCAACGAGCAGAUUGACAAUAUGGAUGCCAAUGUGAAAAAAUAUGAUUCUACAGGGAUGUUCCAUUGGUGUCCAGCCAAGGACAUUGAAAAGGUCAUUUUGACUCGAAGUGAAGCAGCGAUGACAGUUUUAAGUGGGCAUGUAGUCGUUUGCAUAUUUGGGGAUGUUAAAUCUGCUUUGAUUGGAUUAAGAAAUUUAGUGAUGCCAUUACGAGCCAGCAACUUUCACUACCAUGAGCUCAAGCACAUUGUGUUUGUGGGUUCACUUGAAUACCUGAGAAGGGAAUGGGAGACACUGCAUAACUUCCCCAAGGUUUCAAUCUUGCCUGGUACGCCAUUAAGUCGGGCUGAUUUAAGGGCUGUCAACAUCAACCUCUGCGACAUGUGCGUUAUCCUGUCAGCCAAUCAGAAUAAUAUUGAUGAUGCUUCGCUGCAGGACAAGGAAUGCAUCUUGGCGUCACUCAACAUCAAAUCUAUGCAGUUUGAUGACAGCAUUGGGGUCUUGCAGGCUAAUUCCCAAGGCUUUACGCCCCCUGGGAUGGAUCGGUCGUCUCCAGACAACAGUCCAGUCCAUGGCCUGUUACGUCAACCCUCCAUCACAACAGGAGCCAACAUCCCUAUCAUAACAGAGCUAGCUAAGCCUGGCAAACUUCUGCCUUUGGUUUCAAUCAGUCAGGAAAAAAACAGUGGAACCCACAUUCUAAUGAUAACUGAACUGGUAAAUGAUUCAAAUGUUCAGUUCUUGGACCAAGAUGAUGAUGAUGAUCCAGACACAGAACUGUACCUCACGCAGCCCUUUGCAUGUGGAACCGCGUUUGCUGUCAGUGUGCUGGACUCGCUUAUGAGCGCAACAUACUUCAAUGACAAUAUCCUCACCCUGAUACGGACAUUGGUAACAGGAGGAGCCACACCAGAGCUGGAAGCACUGAUUGCUGAGGAAAACGCGUUGAGAGGAGGUUACAGCACACCCCAGACACUUGCAAACAGGGACAGGUGUCGAGUUGCUCAGUUGGCUUUGUAUGAUGGGCCAUUCGCAGACCUAGGGGAUGGAGGUUGUUAUGGAGAUCUAUUUUGUAAAGCACUGAAAACAUACAAUAUGCUUUGCUUUGGAAUUUAUCGAUUAAGGGAUGCACAUCUAAGUACUCCCAGCCAAUGCACUAAACGUUAUGUUAUCACAAACCCACCCUAUGAAUUUGAGCUUGUGCCGACAGACUUGAUCUUCUGUUUGAUGCAAUUUGACCACAACGCUGGCCAGUCCCGGGCCAGCCUUUCUCAUUCCUCCCAUUCCUCCUAUUCUUCCAGCAAGAAGAGCUCAUCAGUUCACUCCAUCCCAUCAACAGCAAACCGACCUAACCGCACCAAGACCAGGGAUUCUCGGGAAAAACAGAAUGCAACAAGGAUGAAUAGAAUGGGCCAAGCAGAAAAGAAAUGGUUUACAGAUGAGCCGGAUAAUGCCUAUCCCAGAAACAUUCAAAUCAAGCCCAUGAGCACUCACAUGGCCAAUCAGAUCAAUCAAUAUAAAUCGACAAGCAGCUUGAUACCACCAAUCAGAGAAGUUGAAGAUGAAUGUUGACUCCUUCGAGGCCAGAACUAUUUUUUUAAAGCCUGACAAACUUCAUGAAUGGUGAUGUGACAUUUAUUCCUCUUACAUGCUGAACUGCUGAUGGAGAAGUUUAGAAGGGCAAGCUUAAUGGGAAAAUAGACAGAUCUUUGUUUGUCUGCCUUUAAUAUUGCUUCCAUGUAUUUUGGAAACUAUUAUUUCAUUUAUAAAUGAACAUAAUCAAAACUAGUCAUGUAUAGCCUCUAGCAUUUUAAAUUAUUUUUAUUUAUUAGAAAAAAAUAUAUUUUUCUUUUUUUUUCAUUGUCAAGUAUUUUCCCUUAAAAAUAAAAAAAAAAAGAGCUGCGUAUGUGGCCAGACUCCUAAGAAUUGAUUAAAAAAACCUCAGUCUUUGGCGUAAAGGAGAAUGAUGGUCACAGGUAUAAGGACAUGUAAUUAAGGGAGACAAAUGAUAUAUUUACAAAAAGAAAAAAAGGUCCAACUUGUAUUUUAGUAAAUCAAAAAAGAAAAGAAAAAAAAAAAAGAGAACAGUUCACCAAAAUGUUUCUUUACUGGAGGAUGUGUAUUUUGUUCAGCAUUGACACCAGCUCUUAAUAAAUGGAACUUAUUUAUUUUCAAAGUUGAAAGUCAUAUUUUUAUACACAGAACAUUCUCCUGAAGGAUCCCUUGUUUUAUUACCAUAUGCAGAUCAUCUUAAUUACCAGUUGUGUUAAGGUCCAAUAAGAAACACACACACACAGUGCCCCCUAUGCACAUGCACGCACACACGGAAGCCCAGCAUCCUCAAUAACCUCCCGAAACAUUAACACAGUGAACAUCACUACCCUAAAAUGAGGGCCAUGUAGAUAAGAUGCUCAUCAAAAGUUGCUAUAAAUGGCAAAUCUGGUAAUGCCACUCUGCUUCCCAUUAGGCAUCAACAGUUGCUAAUUCCAGGAAGGUAAGCUUGGCAAUUCCUCUUCUUUUGCCAUGUGGUACAGUGCUUUAAUCCACCGUGCAUAAGUAGUGCAUGAAAGUUCUAAACUUUCUCAUCCACCAUAUUUUGUUAGUUCCUUACUUAAAAAAUGCUGAUGGCCUUGCAUCAGUCUUGUUUAUUUGAUUCACAUUCUUCUUAAACCUAUAAGGUCCACGUCUUUGCACUCUGGUGAUAGCUCAUAUGUUGGUAAAAGGCACACUGAAUCUCCUUUUGGUGAGUUCAGACCAGGUUAAGCACUGGUUUAGCUUCAGCGUUAUCAUCCCACAACAUGCUGGUCUCAGUUAAUUUCUGCACCAAGCAAUGUCUUAUUUUAGUAGGUUUGGGGUUUUUUUGUUGUUCAGUUUAUUUUCACUUUGCUGGGACACCACACAUAAAACUACAGUAAUAACCAAAUAAAAAGAAAAGUAAUGAAUGUAUUUAUUACGAUAACUUACAAAAGGCCUUUGAUGGGUGCCUUUUGUGUCAGCAGUGUCACAAAGUUGCCAACGAGCUUUAUAGCCAUCAGACAGAAAUGUGAUGUUUCAUAUCUGUGCUGCAGUAUAUAUCCACCUAAGCAUUUGAUGUUCUAAAUGAUUUAGUAAUGCUCUCAAUCUAAAAUUAGCAACAUCUGACAAAACUGUGUGAAGACAAAAUAAACCAACCAAAACCACAAAGAAAAGGCUGUGCUAAUAAGGAUUAAAAUAAAACCGUAGGACCCAGUCAUUGGGAAAGGCCAAUUUUCAUUGUGCAACUUUAGGCUUUGUAAUUUUGCAGAGUUGUUAAACACCACAAUAAAGCAUACUGUGGUACGUUUAUCAUUAGAGAAAUAUCAGUGACUCAAACAGAUACAAAGCAGAUCAAUCUAUCGUGAAAACAAUGAUGUCCACUAUAUAAUCCAACAUUAAGCUAAACUAUCUCAGCUUUAAUGUUUGUCCACUGGCUGCAGUACAAAUAUAACCAUACUAACACCUACUAGGCUUUAUUCUGGAGUGACUUCUUGGACUGUGACUACUUUGUUGUUACAUUUUGUAGAAUAGCUAUUUAAAGACAAUAACCAGAAUUGUUAAUACAGUAUCUGUAAAAUUGGAUUGUUGAAAAUAUUUCACUCUCCAACAAAGUGACAAAACAAUUUCAGCAGUUUUUCAUUAUUCUUUAGACUAUGUUUGUUUAACCCAUUUCACAGUCCCAAACCAGAAGUUGGUUCUGGUGAGUUCUUCCAAUCUAUGCUGCUUCAGCUAGUGACAUGGUAUAAUCUACAUCUAAUUUCCGCAUUGGGUCAUGGUAAGCCUUUACUUUGAAGUCAGUGCUCCUUUUUCAGUUAUGAACUGCAUUUUUAUUAUAACUACAGUGAAAACAAAAAGCUGGUCCUGAGUACAGGAGAAUGUUUGAAUUUUUUGUUUAUUUUCUUAGACGAUGAGUGUUUACUGUAUGUUAACAGAACAUUUUUUCUUACAGUUUACCAUACACAGGGCCAUUUCUGAGUGUCCUUAAGAAGUGAGCAUCCACUAGAUAAAACAUACUAACUAAUUAAUAUAGCACUCAUACAUAACUAAGGUUUGUGUGUGUGUCCAGUUUAACUGUCACACUCAAAAACAUCAUGUUGCCAACUGUACAGAAAUAAAGGACAAGAUCUGAAUCCCCUCACACGCACUCUCUCUCAGCACAGAGAGUUCGUAUGUAAUGAUAGAACAACAUCUGUAGGCAGCGAGACAAACAGGGCUUCUGUUUCCCAUUUAUAAAAAAGCCAAGAGCAAUCAAUAAUCUUUUCUUACUCCUGAUCAAAGGCACAGGACUGACUUCUGGCAGUUAGAUGAAGGAAUAUGUUGGAGAUCUUUGACAUUCAGCCAUUAAAGACUACAAUAAGGCCAGCACCAAUAUCUGGAUAUAUGACAUUACAUCAAGGCAAGUGGCUGGGAAAGUGGCCUAAGGAAGAGCUGACAGAUCAUAGGAUUACUGAUAUAGAAACAUGGGUUUGCUUUUUAUUAUUAAGUUCUUACUCCUUUCUCAAAAGACAAGAAGGAGGGAGGAGAAAUUAUAGACUUUUCAUUAAUUGCAUGCGCAAUUAAUACAGGUAAACAAUUUUUUUCUGGUAACUCAUGUAUUGGACAGAGUGUAUGUCAGUCUGCUUAUUUCCAUAUAUGCAUGUCUGCAUAUAGACAUGUAUAUGUGGAUAUACGCACACAUAUAUAGGGGGCAUAUAUGUAUUCAAUAUAGAAUCAUCACAAGAAGGUGGUCAUUAUAUUUGUGGGGUGGUGUGAAGGAAAACACAAAGAAACAAAAAUAUGUGACUUACAUGUUAGGAAAUGGAGGAAUUGUACCUGCUGUUUCUUCCUGGUUGGACCAAAAAGCAGCCGUUCCCAUUAGUUUUAUUACCUGUGUGUUGACAGUAAACUGCAGAACCCCCUCUACAGCACGUGUGUGCUCCCGAACCCUCCUCACAACCACGCACAUGUGUACUUUCACACUACCAGAGAGACUACUGCCUCUGUCUCGUGGCUAGUGUUUUAAUCUGUCCCCUGAAACCCAUGAGCACUGAGAUGAAAGGAUAAAACUGUCCUGUGAGGACGUGCUGUUUAGAUGGCAAGUGCCAAGCACAGUAAAAGUUAAGGUGGAAAGAAAAUAAGGCAGUCAGGGUCUAAAUGCA